GUUAUCUGGCAAGAGUUUCCUCAUAGCUAUAAAUAUUUCGAUAACUUAUCCGAGUUUGAAAUAUGGCAUGAAUCGAUAUCUGAAAACCAGCGUACAUUUCAUGAGGUUAUUCGAAUAGAACAGCCACAAAAAAUUAAGAUUAAUAUGGAUGGUGAAUUGGAAAAAUUUGCAUCAUAUUCUGAUCCUUUAGAUAGAAUAAAAAAGGCUUUAGGACAAAAAUCAUUUGAUGAGUCACUUAUCACUCAUAUUGAGAAAGAUUCUAUAGAACUCUGGCCAUAUGAAUGGGAAGAAGAUAAAAAGCUGAAAAAUGAGUCUGUCUCACGUGAGGAGAGUGAUACUGCAAUAAAAAUAGGAGAAAACCAAUUUCCUUUUCUGUCUUAUCGAAAUUCUAAUAAUGGCUUCGAUAUUUUUGAUAGAAUUUGGCCUACAACAUGUUUAAUCUAUGAAAAAGAGCACAUGAGAGAAGCAGAUCAUAAUAAGAAAAAAGUUAUUCCUCAUUUAGAUAGAUUAAGAGCUCGGCUUCAGCAUAGAUCACAGUCUUAUUCACAAAAUAACUUUACUGCUGUUAGAAAGAACAUUGAAAUAUAUAAUGCUAAAACAAUGCAUAGCUAUAAUUUACAAGCUAAACUUACAAGUGGUAACCGGCACUUGAUGCUUAUUAAAGGACAUUGUAGUAUUGCCAAAUCAAAUGAGACAGCAGAAGAAAUAAGAACACUUUGUCAUUUUGAUAGAUCUUCUGUUUCAACUCUCAUCAUAUCUGGUUGGCGUUCUCUUGCUCAUGGACAAAAAGUUCUUUUUGAAGAAUUUAAGUCUUACCUCGAGCUGGAUGCAAAAAAACUUAAUCCUAAAGAUACCCCUAAACUCAUUAUCAAUCCGGAAAGCAUUCACAAACUUGGAGCAACUGGCUAUGAUAUAAUUAUACUGGAUGAGUUUAAAACAAUCACUCAAAAUUUUAGUAGAUCUACUAUGAAAAAACCAAAGCUAAGUCAUGAUGUAUAUAAAUUCUUGCUUCAAUCUGCAUUAUUAAUAUUGGCUUUAGAUGCUACAUUAGAUUCAGACUUACUUAAUGUUGAAUUAAUUGGAGCUCUGAGACAAGGAUUAAAAGUCUAUAUUCUAAUGUUUGCUAGUGCAGAAAUGGCAGAGGCCCUUCAUAAGGAAUUAGAAUCUCAAGGAUAUCAAGGCAAGUAUUUUUCCAAACGACUAUCAGAAACUGAGAAAAAAGAAAUAUUUGUCGAUAUCAAUAAUGCAGUGGCAAAUCUUGACUAUUUGAUAGCAACUCCUGUGAUGACUUGUGAACCAAAUGCUUCUUUGGAAACUCAUCUUUAUAACGCAUCUCGUCGCAAUGCAUCUAAAAAUGAUUUUGUUAGUUUACUGACUGAUCGUCUUAGCGAAUAUAGUUAUAAUAUUAAUAUUGCCAAAGACUGCCCUUCUAUCAACUCAAAAUUUACAGAAAAUAAUGAAGACAAAGAAUUACUUUUACAGAUUUUGAGUGAUAUAAAAGCUUUGGAUAUUCGAGAAUAUUUAGAAAGAGAAGAGGAUAUAGACCCAGCCUAUAGACUUGCUUUGCAAAAAUACAAUCUCACAUCUUUUUAUAGAAAGACCUCUAAAGAUAUAACUGAAGAUUUUGUAGAAAAAUAUUCCCAAAAAGAGAUAUUUAUAGUUAUUGGAGACUCACGAGAGAAGGCUUCUUGCGAUUCAUUAUUGCCAAAAGUUAUUGCUUUAGAGGAGAUUUUACAAGGGAUGAGUUUUUCUUCAG